CCUCCUCUCCACUUGUCAGUCCCCUGAGAACUGAUAUGUUGUUCUGUGUAAGAGCUGGAACUGAGAGUUCACUCCUGCUUUUCGUCCACUUUCCACUAAGCAACAUCUGUGAGCGCAAUUCAUGUCUCUGAUUUAUCAUUGACUUACAGAAGGGAUUUUUUGUCUAGUUUGAUUGCCAUGGCAAAAUGGUCACUCUUCUUUUUAUACCUUUUCCAUGGACAACUUCCCCUCAUCUUUGGGCAGCAGCAGCGCACAGCUGGGCCCUGGCGGCGUCAGAUUCAGUGGGAGAACAACGGGCAGGUUUAUAGUUUAAUGAGCACUGGGUCAGAGUACCAUGUUCCGGUUCGGUCCAGAAGCCAGUCGAGGGUUUAUGUUGGCGGCAGGAGGGAUGGCACCAGGAGCCAAAUGCCGGGAGCGCAAAGAGGAACGACGCUUGUAAGACCCAGACAGGCUGAAUCCAGACAGUUCAGGACUGAUCACGGUGUAGAGCCAGGAUCUACUGCGUUAGGACGCGAUAUUAGACGGUAUGCGCCUUUUACCGGUCGUGCAUCAGGGGCCAGGCAGCAGCCACACGGAGCAGAAGCUGCAGGUUAUCUAGGAGCACAACACUUUAACCCUAUACACACCAACACCAUCAACGCCUCUGCAUCAGGGAGGUUUGCCGAUUCUCCAGGCAGUAUACAACGUGUCAGUAUGGAUGCCACUGCACUGCACAACAGAGGAGGAGAACCAGGGCCCGGUGCGCAAUACCAACUGUUACGCGCGGUGCCAGAGGCGAUGACUGUCUCCAGGCAACACGCGCAGACAGAUCAAUCCGUCUCAGCACAUCCCACAGCUCUGGAAAGGGAAUCUGAGGCUCGUGCUCCAUCCUUUGCACGUAGUGAGGAUGGUUCAAACGAGGCAAACGGUAAUGGAGAAGACAUGAUUAACGACGACCCUCGAAACCCGUUAAAAAACCACAGGAAUUCUGUUUUUUACAACUCGUAUCCCACAAGAGGCAGGUCAGUGGCCCGCACACGCCGUCCGCCUGGCACUGGAUAUGGAACAAGAUAUUUCCAAAAUGGACUGCCAGACCUUGUGCCAGACCCAUAUGCCAUCCAAGCAGGUGCAUAUGUCCAGCGCAUGCAGAUGUUCGCGCUCCGCUGUGCAGCUGAGGAGAACUGUCUAGCCAGGUCAGCUUACGGACCUUCUGUGAGGGAUAUUGACUUCAGAGUCCUCCUGCGAUUCCCCCAAAAAGUGAAAAACCAAGGCACCACUGACUUCCUUCCUGUCAAGCCGAGAUACCAGUGGGACUGGCACAGCUGUCACCAACACUACCACAGCAUGGAUGCCUUCAGUAACUACGACUUGCUGGAUAUCGUCAGUGGACGUAAAGUGGCCGAGGGACACAAGGCUAGUUUUUGCCUGGAGGACACGGGCUGUGAACCCGGAUUCCGGCGGCGCUACGCCUGUACAUCUCAUACACAGGGACUGAGUCCAGGAUGCCAUGACCUGUACGCUGCCAACAUCGAUUGUCAGUGGAUUGACAUCACUGACGUACCUCCUGGAAAUUAUAUCUUGAAGGUUACUGUCAAUCCCAAUUUCCACGUCCUGGAGUCAGACUUCACUAACAACGUUGUGAGAUGUGAUAUCACAUACACAGGAAUUUAUGUUCAGACACGCAACUGUCGAGUAUCAAGAGUGUGAAAUCUUCCUUUUCAAGUAUUCUGUAGAUGUGUUGCAGCAAACAUCUCUCCCUGUACUGUGCAACAACAAAAAUGACUUGAUGACUAACAAAGUGCAAUUGGUGCUAGUUUUUAAUUGUAACUGCCAUAGAUUUGUGUUGCAUUUACUGUAAAUAAAUGCAGAGAUUUAAAUAAAUUUGGACAUCAGCCUGGUGAGAUUCUCAGAUUUUCUUGGUUUUUGUUAUGCCUUAAUUCAUAACAAAGAUAUAUCUUUCUUUUUUUGCCUUAAUGAAUACAAGUGAUGUUCACAAACAUUUAUUGCUGGAAUGCUGGUUUUGCUUAGAAUGUGUUUUGUUUGUUGUCUCUGUCUUGUUUUUCUGCUUUGUGUUAUUGUUUAAGUGCAGAUGAUUUGCUUUUACAGUUUUAUUUAAAGGACAAGAUAUUCUAUAUUUUUGUUAUUGUCAACCAAUCUCGUUAAUUGUUUUUAAAGACAAUUAUUUGCUAAACCAGCUGGGCACUGUAGUUUUUAGCAAAAGUUACUCAAAUUAGUACUCAAAUAGUGCAUUUCUUCUGGACUAUUUCCAGGUGUGACAAUUAGUAUUUAUGGUAACAGGACGGUAACUUGUUCAUACUAUUUGGUCUUUUCAUGGGAUGUGUUGAAAGAUAAGAAAAAUACAAAUGAUCACUUAGUCUUAAAUCACUUUGUGGUCACAUUAGCAAACUUUAAAUAUCUCAUUUUAUGUUAAAUAGUAAGGGUAGUAUGUCAAAUGAUGUCAUUCUGAAUGUGCAUGUGUAUAACUGAGUGAAUGAAAAGUGGGAAACUUUAAUGUAAAACUGUUAAUAUUGCCAAAACAUUGUUGAAAACCUUAUUAUAUUCUGUUGGCAUGUUGGAUUUAAUGCAAUAAAGAUGUGAGGAGGAGUGAGGACUUUA